UGAAAACGACUCGCGAGUGGUACGGUUCGGCUAUUACCAUCGGUAUCGAUCGCCCUCCAAGCUCCUGAGUUGUGUGCCUUGAAACCCCAUCUCCGUCAACAGUAACGAAUUGCCAAGCCCAAAGCAGCAGAUUGUGAGUUAGAUAACGUCAUUGUCAACACUCGACACCGUUCAAGCAUCGUACUGUUUAUUUUGUCUGCCAUCCGGGAAUCACUCAACAAGCUGUGACGGCUACAAGCAGAAACUCCGAGUUCAAAAACAAAAAAAUGGAGCCCGAAAAGAUGGCUUUCGAUCUUGGGUACGAUCUAGAAGAGGCUUUAAAGCGACAGGAUUUAUCUCGAGAGGACUUUAAAGCCAUACGGACACCGCCAAUCGAGGGAGUCCCGCUGAAUAUUACCGAUAAACAAAUAGCUUGCUUUCUAAACGCAUGUAACAAAAACAUUAACGUAACUCGAAAAGUCAUUAAAAUCUACUACGCUGCACGUCGGGACGCUCCCGAAUUGUUCACCGAUCUCGACCCACUGGGACCAAAAAUUCAGCAAUGCUUCGAAAAUCAGGACUACUUUCCGCUUCCAAACACUCCCGCCGGCUACUCCAUAGUAUACCAUCGACUGAACAAUCCUAAAGCAUCAAAUUACAACUUCGACGAGGCAGUUAAAACCUAUUUCAUGCUGCUGGACUCUUGUCUUUACAAUGAUGGCCCUAGGCCCGGCUUGAUUUGUUUAUUCGAUAUGAGCAACGUUGGCUUAUCGCAUCUCCUUCGAGUUAAGAUCAGCACGGUACGAAAGUUCUUCCACUAUCUGCAAGACGGGCUUCCGGCAAAACUAAAGGCCAUUCACGUGCUGAAUGCCGUUUCAUUUUUCGAUAAGAUCUUGUACAUUAUCAAGCCUUUUAUGCAUGGUGAAAUUUUAAAGAUGCUUCAUCUGCACACCUCAAAUGCUAGUUUGGAGAAACUGUACGAAGAAUGGAUUCCACGCGAGUGUCUCCCCUCGGAUUACGGCGGAUAUUUGAAAUCGGUUGCAGAACUUCACCAGGAUCACAUCAAGAAACUGGAAUCACUGCGGUCCUAUUUCUUGGCUGAAGAGCAACAGCGAAAUGGAGGUUCCAAUUUAAUAGAAGAAACUAGCACGAAGAUGAAAUCUUUGGAAAUUGAUUAGCAAUGUUGAUACUUAAUCGAGCCAAUCUGGUGGGUUUGGGUCCGGUAAUUGUUACAAUUAGAACCUUGUGCCAAGCAUAUGACAGUCGUCUAGCGACCACUUCUCCAAUUCGUCUCCAACAGCAGUGUGCAUUCACUAAAAUGUGUAAAAUGACAAUGUGAUAUUAUUUACUUGCCUUCUUUCUAUUUUCAAUAAGCUACAUAUGUAUGGUUCGGGUGUAUGUACAAAGUAUUAGAACAAAGGAAAAUAAAUGUAAGCUUUAGA